GUAGAUUGGCGGAAAAGAAGGAGAUGGGAUGGAGAAUAGAGGCCUUUUCACGCAAGUCUAACGAAUUGUGGAAUUCCAUUGCUGUGCUGUGCUUCCUAACUAUUCAGUUUGGUCAUAUGGUAUUAGCAAACGAACCUCUCACCUUCAACACUGAAUACUACAGACUUUGUGGAGAGGACUUGCGCCUUGGUUUACAAAGUCUGUGUGGAUCCAGAUACGCCGAAACACGAAAGAAAAGGGACGAAGGUACGCUUGGAAAACAGAUGAAUAACUUCAUUGAAAAGCGUCAGACUAACACUGGAAUAGUAGAAAUGUGCUGUUAUAAUGAAUUUGGAUGCUCAAUAGAAACUUUAUCUGAGUUUUGUGAGGAAGGUUCCAUUCAUCGGGACGUUUUCUUGAUCACACAUAGCCAUCGGAGAGUGAUGCACGUGGAGAGAGUGAUUCAGUCUACAUUUUCCCCUCCAGUUUCCUCCACAAGACCCAGUAUUACUCGAAUUAGAGGGCGUCCAAGACAUCGUGAUCGGGCUCGAAGUCACACGAUUCGACCUUUCCUAACAGCCACCAGAAAACCGCACGAAUUCCCUGCGACCUUCCUUAUUCGACAUAUAGGAGCAUCUCAUUUUGUAAAAAGAGACUAAGAUAUCUAAGUUUGUUCAACUGUUCUACUGAAAAUGAUCAGGAUAUGAAGAUUUGUUUUAUGUAUAUGAAGUUUGGAAAU